AUGUUCUCCCUCCUUCGCUCAUCUCUCCUCUCCACUGCUAAGCUAUCCAGAACCAUGUCUACUACAUCUGCUCCAGAGUUGAAAUCCUUCACUUUGUCCAUGAUCCAGCUCGGACAGAUCGGCGCCGACAAGAGCGCCAACUUGGCUCAUGCGAAGGAUAUGAUUGCGCGGGCGGCUAAGGGAGAGGGAAGUGGUGCGGAGGGCAAGCCUGAUUUGAUCGUUCUACCCGAAUGCUUCAACUCUCCCUACGGCGCGCAGCACUUCCCUCAAUACGCCGAAGAGAUCGGCUUCACUGGCGCCGGGUACGACACGUCCAAGACGAAGAGCGAGAGCGUGCGCGUGCUCAGUGAGGCGGCGAAGGCUGCUGGUGUAUGGCUGCUCGGCGGCUCGAUCCCGGAACGCGACGCGUCGGAUAACCUGUAUAAUACUGCAAUGGUUUAUUCGCCUCAAGGCGAGCUCGUGAGGAUACACCGCAAGGUACACCUAUUCGACAUCGACAUCCCGGGAAAGAUCACCUUCAAGGAGAGUGAAACGCUUACUGGUGGCAAAGAGACCAACUACUUCGAUACAGAGUUUGCUCGUAUCGGCCUGGGCAUCUGCUACGACGUGCGGUUCCCCGAACUCACUAUGAUUGCUGCGCGUCAAGGUGCUCAAGUAUGCAUCUACCCCGGCGCCUUCAACACGACCACCGGUCCAUUACACUGGGAGCUCCUCCAACGCGGACGAGCCGUCGACAAUCAGAUCUUUUUCGGAAUGUGCAGUCCCGCACGAGAUCUGAGCGCCGGCUACCACGCCUGGGGCCACUCGAUGAUCGUCGACCCUAUGGGUACGAUCUUGACAGAGGCAGAUGAGAACGAGUCCAUUAUCAAAGCAAGGAUCGAUCCCGAAGUGUUCAAGUCUGCGCGCGCCGGUAUUCCCGUGACGACGCAGCGGCGGUUUGACGUGUAUCCGGACGUGAGCAAAUAG